GCCUUCCCUGCUCUUCUCCCUCUGCACUGCCUCACCCUGGGAGCAUAGAAAACUCACUCUCACUCCCUUAGUACCUUUCCAUGGAAAACGCUGACGUUUUGCAUGUGGCCAUGUUCCCGUGGUUAGCCACGGGCCAUCUCAUACCCUUCAUGCACCUCUCCAAGUGCUUAGCCCAAAAGGGUCACACAGUUUCCUUCAUCUCCACGCCGAGAAACAUGGAUAGACUUCCCAAAAUACCCCCGCACCUUUCUCCUCUUAUAAACCUCAUACGCCUUCCCUUACCCCACGUCGACGGCCUACCAGCCCACGCCGAGUCCUCCGCCGACGUACCUUUCCACAAGCAACAGUUGCUGAAAAGGACCUUCGAUUUGCUAUAUUCGCAAGUGGCCGCCUUCCUCGAAGACUCUAGACCGGAUUGGAUUGUAUACGACUACGCCUCUCACUGGCUUCCUCAACUCGCGGCCCAGCUCGGUGUCUCACGCGCCUUCUUCUGCCUCUUCAACGCCGCCUUCAUGUCCUUCCUAGGCCCGCCGGAGGCGUUGAUCAACGGAGGUUCAAGAUCGACGGCUGAGGAUUUCACGAUGGUUCCAAAGUGGGUACCGUUCCACUCUAACGUCGUGUAUCGGCUUCAUGAGAUAGCGAAGAACGUAGAGAGCUUGAGUGAGAACUUAUCGGGGACGCCUGAUACGGUCCGGUUCGGGACUGUGGUUGCGGAGAGUGAUGUCGUGGCUAUUAGAACCAGCGCGGAGUUCGAACCGGACUGGUUCAAUUUGCUGGUGGAGCUUUACCGAAUACCGGUUGUUCCGGUUGGGUUUUUGCCUCCGGAAUUGAGAGAUGAAGAAGGAGAGAAGGAUGGGAAAUGGGUUUAUAUGAAACAAUGGUUGGACAAACAGGGAGUAAACUCUGUAGUUUUUGUCGCAUUCGGGACCGAGGUGUCUCUGACUCAAAAAGAAGUCAACGAGUUGGCUCUUGGGUUGGAACAGUCCCAGUUACCAUUCUUUUGGGUGCUGAGGAACCAAUCCGAGCCAACCCAAACCAAGUUUCCAAUUGGAUUCGAGGAUCGGGUCAAGGGUCGUGGAAUUGUUCACGAUGGAUGGGCUCCACAAGCAAAGAUACUGAGUCACAACUCAAUUGGGGGAUUUCUAACUCACUGUGGUUGGAACUCGGUCAUAGAAGCGCUUGGUUUUGGCCGAGUUUUGAUUCUAUUACCCUUUUUGAAUGAUCAAGGAAUCAAUGCGAGGUUGUUGCACGGGAAGAGACUUGGGGUGGAGGUUGCAAGGAAUGAGCGAGAUGGAUCGUUCACUCGUGACUCAAUUGCUGAGUCGGUGAGGAUGGCAAUGGUCUCCGACUUGGGUGAGUCAUUGAGGGGCACAACAAAGGAAAUGAAAGGGUUGUUUGGAGAUAAGGAUACAAAUUAUCAUCUUGUUGAUGGGUUUAUACGUCUCCUUCGAGAGAAUAGAUUAUCCCACACAUAUGGAAAAAUAUAAAUUUACUCAGUACUAUGUUUGGGUGUUCGAUUUUUGAAAUCAGAAUUCAAUUUUUAUUUCGUGUGCGAA